AUGAGCGUAGACGAAAAUCGCCGAAUAUGGGUGGAAAUGAAUUCGGACAAUCAAAUCCUUACUAGGGAAUGUCCGGCAUCUUCGGAGCCCGUUGGACAAUGGCCAAUAAGCCAGGGCUCGCAAGAGUACAAGCGGGUCUCCCGAGAGGGCGCUACUCCGUACCUAGUUGAGGGAUUCGAGCGCUACUCAUCCGUGAGCAAAGCAAAGGAAGGUUCGGAUCAUAAACACGGCGAUCCUCGUCCGUGCAUGGGGCAAUUCGGGCGAUACGCCAGAAUUGUCCUUGUGAAUCGUUACCCUGAUCACGAGCAGCAUUAUAACAUCGUCAAUGGCACCUCGGAUAGCUCACUGUUUGUGUCCAGCUCUUACAUGUGGAACACUGUCAUUAUGGGUGGGUUAGCAACCGCUGGACAAAACAUGAAGGCACGGAAGACAAAAGGCAAAACUUCAACGAACGCCUUGCUGGUUGCCCUUCUAGAGUGGAAAUUUGUUCGCAAGCGCUCGAGAUGACGGGGGGAAGGGAAAUGCAAGGGGUCGAAUCCAUCAUGGAAGACAAGGGCUCAAUUGGUAACCAUACCGUGAGCGCGAGGACAGAAGAGUAAAGAAGAGACAAG